AUGUCCUUCCUCUCCCUUCCCACCGAAAUAUGUAUCAACAUCCUCGUUCAGCUUGCAUAUAACGACUUGUUACGCCUCAAGACGGUCUCCAAGGCUUUCUUGGUUCUCAUUUCGUCGCCAGCCGUUCAGUAUAGGAUCCAACUCGGAAUCGCGGCAUUGGAAGAUGACGAUCCGAAAGGUGCAAUCCCUAUAUCCGACAAGAUUCGGCUCCUGGAGCAGAUUGAGACCAUGUUCAGACUCUGGGAGUUUCCCCAAAUCACCUCCAUCGCAAUGUCGACACGGAGUGGUGUAUACGGUAUUCAAGAUGGUGUUUUCGUUCCUGGGAGACUCGAAAGCAUAGGAGGAUCAUUCCAGACAAAAGGAGCAGACGUCUAUCGUCUGCGAGCGCCGAUGAACCCCGGGGACAUGGGCGCGUCGUGGAGAUUACCUGACUUCGAAAGUCCGAUAAUGGCACUCGUGUCGUGUCCCCAGGAAAAUUUGCUCAUUACAAUGGAGGAGGGAGAACACUCACUGCGAGAUGAUUGCUUCAUCUUACGAUUUCUUUCUCUGUCGGAUGGACGACCACAUCCUAACUCCCAUGGCCCAGUCACCCUUCCUUCCUCUAUCCCACUCGAAAGCGGCGAGCCACAGUACAUUACUAUGCGAUCGAUUGGAGAGAUUGUCGGCCUACGGACGAUUGAUUCCAAAGUCUAUCUCGUCAACUGGGUCACAGGCCAAUCAGGAUGCAUCGUCCCAAAUCCAAGCUCGACGGGAGCAAGUCCGAUCGUUGGCGACGAUAUCAUUGAUGACGUCUUAUUUUUAGACGAGACGCAUUGUUUUCUCAUACGAGGGCGGCGUAAUCCAGCAGAACUCGAGGUGUACGAAUUUGACCGGUCGGCAAAGUUGACACUCAAAGCGGUCUAUCAACUGCCAAGACGCAAAGGCAGGAUAGAAUUCAGCAGCACAAAUGGCUUUUCGCGAGCCAGAUUCCGUGGGGCGAAUGCACUAGACGGAUGCUUGGUACCGCCCUUCGCACCUGUGCCUGAAGAGUGUAUUUUCUUGAUCAAGAUGAUGAUUAUGGGGCCAGAAGGUGAUGCUAUGUAUCCCCUCCUCUUCCGCGGAGAGUCGCUCCUUCGACUUCCUUCUGGCGUGACCAAGCGGGACGACGGCAUAUCAGUUGUUUCAGGACACCUCUGGAUGCGCGAGACACAUAUCAUGGAAGGCUUCAGUUGGGACCACCCAUCGUACGGUACACGGGUCCUUCUUCCGAACUAUAUCUUGCGUUCCAACGUCGACGACAUACGAUGGGACGACGAAAGGCUAUGGAACUUUACGAUCAUAGAUUGUAACCCAGCUCAAAUAGCGCAGAUACGGGCAAGCGCCUCGACUCCACCACUCAGCCUUCAAUCGGCAUCCUUCGAUAGGGACCACGUGAAUACCAACACUAAUAUAAAGUCUACAGAGAAGGUUUCAUGCAUACUAGAACCUAUGUCUAUCGGCCCCGAUACCUGUCUGGAUGAGGAGUGGAUCUGUGGAUUACCUGUGGCCGUGAUCUCGUUUAAAACAGCACCAGUACGCGGAGAGUGUGUGAUAGAUGGGGAGCGGUUUGUCAUCAUUGAGGUAGUCGCCUGUUCUUCUUGA